UCAUUCAUUGCAAUUACCAACAGCUCCAAGAGACAUUUGUGUUUCGAACAUGGAGUCACGUCUUUCUUUCUUGGCUCUCUUUUUUCUCAUCACGCAGAUCACGGUUACUGUCUUUGCUAGGCCAAAUCCUGAAGAAUAUCAACAAGACUCGCAUGUUCGAGGAGGUUCUUUGGUGUCAUCCGAUCCCACAAAGAGAAGUCACUGCCACCAAAGAAAGUCCUCCAAUGAGGACUUCGAACCAAGGCCUAAUUAUAUCUCAGUGUAUGAUAAUAGUGUUGGUUUAAAAGAUAAGAAGAUAUUUCCCGAUGAUUUUGAGCCAAGACCAAACCUUUCGAUUUAUGAAAACGGAGCAAGUGUAAAAGGUAAGAAGACAUUUGAUGAAGAGUUUGAGCCGAGACCAAGUCUCACAGCAUACAAAGGUUAA